AGCUCCAGUUCACAGGAUGGGUUGCUCAAAAAGUUACUAGCUGACUUCAAUCAGAUGGUUGAAUAUUGUGAAGGAUCUGGGUGUCGGCGCAGAAAGAUUCUUGAGAGUUUUGGUGAACAGGUUUUGGUACCUGCAUCCCUCUGUAAAAACUCGUGCGAUACAUGCAAACAUCCAAACCAGGUUGCCAGGCAGUUGGAGGAGCUUUCAACUACUUGUGUUUCUCGUCAGAGAAACCAGUUCUCCAGAAUCCUGAUGCACAGCGCGGUAGAUAUGAGUGAUGAAGGACAGUAUUCUGAAUUUUGGAAUCGUGAUGAUGAAGCGAGUUGUUCGGAGGAAGACAUUUCUGACUCCGAUGAUGGCAUCGAUGUUAGGAAGAGCUCAACUAUCUCAAAAUUCAAAUCAGGAGUAAAAGACAAAAUUGAUUUCUGGGAGCAUGCUGAGGAAAACUACAACCAGAAGCAAGGCUUAGAUAGAAAGAUGAAUAAAGUGGACAAGAAUGAAGUAUCGGAAGAGCUGAGAGAAACUAGCAAGCAAAGAUUGUUCAAAGCCUUGAGGCUGGCUCAGCAACGUCUUGGCUCUUUAAUGAAUGAAAUUGAAGAGUCGGCUUCUUCCCUCGAGAACGACUGCUAAAAAUAUGGAAAGAGCAGGAAGUCAUUUUAUCUUUCCCAAGUGGCAAACACUGUAAGGUGGCUCUCAACAACCAAUUCUACAGAUCUGACAAAUCGGCUCAGAAUCAGUGAUAACUCGCCUUCAGAGAUUAUGCCACCUAAACAAGAACCUUCAGGCUCAGCUCCAUCUUCAGUCAACCAGGUAAUAAUGGAGGCCAUAAAUGAAGAAGGUCCUAGUGUCAUCAGUUCUGCUUGUGUUUCCUCGGGGCAAAGUUCUACUACUACUGCCGCAAGUCUGCCAGCAAUUCAUUCCUUCUCUGAGUUUAUGAAAAGCAGGAAGGCAAAGGAUAGAGCAGUUGAUAAAUUGCCGGAGACAGCUGAGAAGAAUAUAGAGAAAAGAAUGAGGUUGCAGUAGGAUCUCUGUUCAUGAAUUUUGCUCAUAUCAAUUGCCUCCUUGAGCUUAGAAGCAUUUGCUAUCAACUAUAUGGCAAUUCUGUUUAUUGAAUUAUACGUACGGUUUGAUUGCCAAAACUGUCAUUAUGUGAGGAAACCUCAUUUUGUCCGCGGUUCCAUUCGAGUUUCAUAGUUGUGCCUUA